AUGAGUCAAGAGCCUCCUUUGAGCGUAACGGAGUUGUUCUACAACGUCCGCCGUACCGCGAACGCCGAGAGCGUCGAAGACACUGAAAGCGAUGCCCUCUCGUUCGAGAAGGACGAAGUAUCUACAACCGUCUACUACCGCGAGGCCACGAAAGUAAACUGCGUCGUCUUCACCAGCGAACCUUGCCACGCCAACAACGGGACACCGCUCAACCUAGAGUAUGUGAACGAAGGCGGUGCGAACAUCAUCUUCCGCUUCCUACCCCAGGGUGCCGAAGCGAAGCUCCCUCGCAGACUUCAAGGCAAACUCCUACGACUCCCCAAGAUCCCUCUCGAGCCUCCUGAUAUGCACUGGAACCCCGAAGCCUACUUUCAGAUCCCUGCGAUGGAACAGCAUGAGUACUGGACUGAGAUACUAAGUCGGGAGGCAGUGCUGGAUCUCGAAUCCGUGACCCUGUGGCCCACACUCGAUAAGCUGAUAAACUUCCAUCUCGGGAACGCAGCACGUACAGAGAAUCGGCGAUCGACAGAGUGGGAAGGCGGAGCGGUGGGAUUUCUGACCACGGAUAUGACUGCUGGAGAGGGCGAGGAGCUGCACGAGUUCAAGCCUAAGUGGUUGGCUCAGUCCCCCAAUGCGCCACGGCAUGCACGGCGGUGUCGGACGUGUGCGCUACGAGCCAAGCGGGCUACGGAAAGUGUGGUGACGAGGACUGAUAGACAGAGUCUCUGUCCACUUUACCUGCUUACCGUCCUCGGUCAACGUCACGCAGAGCGGUUCACAGACAACCCGCAUCAGCUCAACUUCAUCACCAAGGAAGCCCUUCCCGUCCUCAGAAAGCUGCGGGAACAUCAACUAGACAACGAUACGGUCGGCAUCCUAGACGUCUGGCAGAAAUCUAUGUCGGAUGCUACCCCUGUCAGGAAACUCGCACGGGCGAUGACAUCACGGGAUUGCACGAUCUACGGUCGUUGCAAGCAAGACGGGACGAUUGAAGUUCGGGUUGGCGAUCUCGAUAUGAAGCCCCCAGCGGUCGGAUGGCCGAAGUGGGCUGCGAUUGAGAAGGGGUUGCGGGAUGGAGGGUGGUAUGAUGGGCUGGAUGAUGUUUGUUUGUUGUCGAAUGAGGAGGAUAUGGCGGUUGUGAAGAGCUGUUAUGAGCCUGAUCUUCGCAGGGCUGUGUUUCGGUGGACGGAGUAG